AUGAAGUCGCUUCAAGAUUGGAGCUUUUAUCACGUGUACUUUUGGACAUCAUCAUUCAGGGCCGUGCCAAGCUCCGUGCAAAAGGGAUUUUUCUCUCCCGUGCCCCGAUGGCUGGACCUCGAUUGGUAUUUGCUACGGUGCUUCGCCUGGCAGAAUGACCCCGGCACUCUGAUUCGACUUACAGGGGGGGAGGGGAAGUGCAGAGCACCAGAGGGCUACGUAGGCCCUUGCGGGCCUGUGGAAAGCAUUGGCAACUUAGACUCCGAAACCAAGCAACUGUUUGAGAAAAAAUGUAACGUUCUUUUCCCCUGCGAAAGAAAAUGCAGGCGUGACUACUCUUUCGCUUGUCCCGCAAGCUGGAAGAACGUAGCCUUAGAGAAGUGUUCGCCCGGGGGCAGCUACGCAGGUCCCUGCAGAGAGGAGGUCGAUUUCUCCAGUCGAACGUUGCAAGACAAAAUGGCCUUCGAGGAGAAAUGCUUAGCUGACUGGCCAUGUGUCGAGGAGAAAUGCGAACGCGAUUUCACUGCUCCAUGCCCCCUCGAGUGGGCAGAGGCACACAAAGCUUGCAUGGCUCCGGUAUGGGUUUACGGACAGUGUUGA